GGAUUUACUGAAGAAGAAAAAGAAAGCAUGGCAAUAUGGCUUGUUGGUCCUAAAACACUCCAAAUUCAGCCUUACAAGCUUCCCCCUCUUGGGCCACAAGAUGCAAGAAUCAGAAUCAAAGCCGUAGGUAUCUGUGGAACUGAUGUUCACUUCUUCAAGGAGUUGAAAGUGGGGGAUUACAUAGUAAAAAAACCGAUAAUUCCAGGCCAUGAGUGUGCCGGAAUAGUCGAGGAAGUAGGGGCCGACGUCAAGCACCUGUCUCCCGGCGACCGUGUGGCCAUCGAGCCGUCAAUAGCGUGCUGGCAGUGCCACAGCUGCCGCCAAGGAAGGUACAACAUGUGCCCCGAUUUGAAGAUCUUUUCCCUGCCCCCUGUCAACGGCGUCCUCGCCAACCACAUCGUCCAUCCCGCCAAAAAUUGUUUCAAACUACCCGACACAUUGACCUUCGAGGAAGGCGCAAUGUGCGAGCCCCUCAGCUGUGCAAUACACGCUUGUCGGCGCGCCAAUGUAGGUGUCGAGACCAAUGUAUUGGUAGUUGGGGCCGGACCGAUCGGACUCCUCACAAUGCUUGCGGCUCAGGCUUUUGGAUCGCCAAGAAUUGUGGUCCUCGGCAUAAAGGAUUCACAGUUGGAAGUGGCUAAAACUCUCGGCGCGGAUGGCGUUGUAAAGGUUUCGAGAAACAUUGAUGAUGUGGAAAAAGAAGUCGAGGAAGUUAAAAAUGUGAUGGGUGCAAGAAUCGAUGUAAGCUUCGAUUGCGUAGGGAAUAGCAAGACGAUGUCGACGUCACUAAAAGCCACAUCGUCGGGUGGAAGGGUUUGCCUUAUCGGAAUACGGAAUGUCAAUCUGACUGCACCACUAACAGACAACAUUGCCAUAAGGGAGGUGGAUCUUGUGGGAAUAUUUGCCUACACAAACACAUGGCCAUUGGCAAUCGAGCUUUUAAGGAGCGGGAAGAUAGACGUGAAGGCGUUGAUCACGCACAGAUUUGGAUUCUCCCAAAAGGAGGCUCAAGAAGCUUUCGAAACGAGUGCAGACGAUGGCAAUGCAAUUCAAGUCAUGUUCAAUCUCUAA